UUCUGACAUCCUGCUAUGCCCUCAUCUUCGUGACCUCGUCUUUUUUCACUCUCUCAUGAGCCGAAACCGCCCACGCAAAUGGCGAGUUACACAGUCCGAUCACCGGUAACUCAACUUCCCGGCAAAAUCAAUUGCAUUUCGUCACAGUCCGAUCAGAAAGCAACUGUAUCCGUCAGCUUUCGUUCGAAGCGAUGUCGUAGCGUCGUCGUUUCGGCUUCUCUUCACGGAGAGAGCGAAAAUGACGCUAAUAAUUUUCAGGCAGUUGAAUUGCAGAACAUCUUAAAUGAUUUCCCUUUCGAAGUCGACUCCAAAAAUGGAUUUCACUCGCUCCCAAAGCCUCUGUCUUCGAUCCAGGCAUCCAAUUCAAUCUCUGAUGGUUCUCGGCUUCGUGUUGCUUACCAGGGAGUUCGUGGGGCGUACAGUGAGUCAGCUGCACAGAAGGCGUAUCCCAAUUGUGAAGCUGUUCCUUGCGACCAAUUUGAGACCGCUUUCGAAGCUGUUGAGCGGUGGCUUGUGGAGCGUGCUGUCUUACCAAUUGAAAAUUCUUUAGGUGGGAGCAUCCAUAGAAAUUAUGACCUUUUGCUGCGGCACAGAUUGCAUAUAGUAGGGGAAGUGAAACUUGCAGUUCGCCAUUGCUUAUUAGCCAAUCAUGGUGUUAAUGUCGAAGACUUGGAAAGGGUUCUGAGCCAUCCCCAGGCUCUUUCUCAGUGUGAAAAUACAUUGACAAAGUUGGGAUUGGUCAGAGAAGCAGUAGAUGAUACUGCUGGUGCUGCGAAGCUUGUGGCUUUCAACAAACUAAAAGAUGCAGCAGCAGUUGCUAGCUCUUCUGCUGCAAAGAUAUAUGGCUUGAACAUACUUGCUGAAGACAUUCAGGAUGAUUGUGACAAUAUCACCCGGUUUCUAAUGCUGGCCAGGGAACCCAUUAUUCCUGGUAUAGAUAGACCAUUCAAGACGAGUAUAGUUUUCUCAUUGGAAGAAGGUCCUGGGGUGCUUUUCAAGGCACUUGCUGUGUUUGCCCUGAGGCAAAUCAACCUCACCAAGGUUCAGACUUCUCUUCCUGGAACUCUUCUCUUUUACCACAUCUACACUCUUUUUCGAG